AUGGCAGCCGCACUCGACGCCCAGCCGCAGCAGUAUCUCCACGACUACCUGCCGCCGCCUCAGCCGCCUCAGCCGCCUCAGCCGCCUCAGCCGCCUCAGCCGCAGCAGCCCUUCAAUCGAGCCUCUACGUGCCACCGCCACCCAGACCAGCCGGUCACGGGCUUUUGUGCCUCCUGUCUCCGGGAGCGACUGGAGGGGCUAGACACCGCCAACCGCCGCCUCAGCUCUUCGUCCGCCUCCUCCAGCGCCUCCGCGGCCCUCAAAUCGCUCUUCUUCCGGACGGCUGUUCACCACCCCAACCACUGCAAUGCCGACGCCGCCGCGGUCGCCUCUUCCUCGUCCAAGCCGUCAUCGUUCCUCCCGGAGCUCCGUCGUUGCAAGUCCUUCUCCGGGAGGCCCCCGGCUCCGUUCCUCUCCGUGGUAGAGCCGCAGCGCAAGUCCUGCGAUGUCCGGGUGCGCAACACCCUCUGGUCCCUCUUCCAUCUCGAUGACGGAGGGCCGGCCGUGGGCGCAGACAUUUCGAACCCCUUCCCUCUCCCAAUCUACUCUGUACCUGUCAAUGCCGGUGGAGGGGAGAUUGAGGUUGAGGCCCGUAGCCGGAGGCUGGAUCCCAUCGUCGCCGCUACGCUAAUCGAAUCUCGAGAGGAAGAAGAGGAAGAAGAAGAAGAGGAGGAAGAAGAGGACGAGAGGGAGGAACAGCAACGAAGUGUACGAGUCGGAACGAUGACCGCCGCCGUUGUUGAGACUGGGAAACUCGGUGACGGAGACGAGAUCGGGCCGGCGCACCGCCCCGUGCUCGCGGAGGACAUAGUGGGGGAUGAUAUGGUGGGGGAGGAGCUGACCAUAAAGGAUCACAUAGACCUCAACGCCUAUAGCAAGAAGCCCCCUCCCAAGGACCUCAAGGAGAUUGCCGGGAGCUUCUGGUUGGCCGCCUCUGUCUUCAGCAAGAAGCUUCAGAAGUGGCGGAGGAAGCAGAAGAUUAAGAAGCACGAGGCCGCCGCCGCGGCUGGCGGCGGAAGCAGCAAGUGCCCUGCCGCAGGGAUUCACCCGGAGAAGCCCUUCUUUCGGUCGCGGCGGCGGUUCUCCCGUGAGACGCAGUCGGAGCUCGCCGAGGACGCGUUUGGCCGGCGCUCCUGUGACACGGACCCGAGGUACUCUCUGGACGCCGGCCGCAUGUCCUUGGAUGACCCUCGGUUCUCCUUGGACGAGCCCCGAGCUUCGUGGGAUGGAUGCCUCACCGGGGUUCGCCCCGUGGCCCCCCGGCAGCCGCCGAUGCUGUCCGUGAUGGAGGACGCCCCGGUCUCCGCCCCGCCUGCCGUCCAGCGCCUCGACGGGGAUAUCCCCGUAGAGGAGGACUGCGCGAUUCCCGGCGGCUCUUCUCAGACGAGGGAUUACUAUUUGGACUCCUCGCAGCGUCGCCGGAGGAGUCUGGACCGCUCUUUCUCCAUCCGGAGGUCCUCCUUCGAGGGCGACGAACUACUGCCCAAGUCCAUGCCCAACAUCAUCAGGUCAUCAUCGCCCACCGGCAUCUCCACCGAGUACCUCCACCUCAUGGACAGGUUCGAGCGGGACUACAGGGAUCCCGCCUCGAACCUGUCCGCGAGGGAAGGCGGCCGCUCGGAGAGCUUCGACUCCGCCGGAUUUGGGGAACCCGUGAAGGGAGGGGGAAAACCCAAAAAGUCCCGCCGGUGGAGCAAGGCCUGGAGUCUCUGGGGCCUCAUCCACCGGCGGAGUCGCGGCAGGGGGGUCGGGGCCAGCGUGGCGGAGCGCUCCUUCUCCGAGUCCUGGCCGGAGCUGCGGAGGGACGGGCGCAAUGGGCAGAUGCUCCGGUGCAGCAGUGCCGUGAACUCGAGGCUCUCUUUCAAGAGCAGCGGCGGCACCUCCGGAUCGGGGGGCGCGAGGCGGAACGGGCUGGAGAUCAACGGGCACGGGAAGAAGAGAACAGGGGAAUUCGUGCUGGAGAGGAACCGCAGCGCACGAUUCUCGCCCGGUCGCGCCGCCGACAACGGGAUGCUAAGGUUCUACCUGACGCCGAUGAGGAGCAGCAGCCGGAGGGGCAGCAUCGGCCCGGGGAAGGCCCAUCAGGCCAUCCACCCGCAUUCCUUCACGAGGAGCAUGCUGCAGUUAUACUGA